AAACAAACAAACAAACAAACAAAGAAAUAAACAAACCAGAAUAUAAUUUGAUGUUAUUCUGAUGCCAAAACAAGGCAUCAAGACAGAAAAUGAGGUACUUCUGUGAUUUGGUGUCAGGAAUUCACAAUAUCAAAUUAUGAGAAAGUAAUCACACCUCUGAAAGGCCCAUGGACUGCCCAUGCUAAUCACACACACGCUACUGAUCAGAUAGAUAAGGAAAAAAUAUUUCAUUCUGUUUGAUAAUUAUUUACUAAUUUAUUAACUGUAAAGUGGCGUCUCCUCUAUAUUCCUGACUGUGGUGAGUGUCACAAGUGUCCAUUAACGCUUUACAACUGAACUGAGUGAUAUUAUUAGUUCAUGCCUGUUACAGAGCCAGUGCGACGCAAAUACCUACCACAACUGGACACGUCUAAGUGUUUAUCUAACUGUUGUCACUCUGUUUACCCGCAUGGUGGUCUGUUUAGAAGCGCUGUACGCUUCCGAAAGCCUCGUUUUGAUUGACACCACCGGCCAUCCAAUCAUAUACGCACAAGAUUUAGCCCGUCGCAGAGCCUUGAAUAUUGUCCAAUCAGAGUAGGCUUUGGGUGUUACUUAUGCAAAUAUGGUAGCCAGGGAGAUGAGCGCGCUCCAUUCAUUGCGCCCAGCUCGAGGAAGAAGCGACUGCGCGCGUGUGGCUCCGCGAUUCUGCACGGUUUCCCGCCGAGCGCCGUCCACGCGUUUAGCUCUUUACAGGAACACUUUGCGGACACACGCACACACACGAAACACCGCGUUACCUCACCGCAAACAUUUGGACAAUCUACUAAAUAUGGGGAAACACAACAGCAAGCUUGCUCCAGAGGUUCUGGAUGACCUGACCAAGAGUACAGAGUUCAAUGAGGCGGAGUUGAAGCAGUGGUAUAAAGGCUUCUUGAAGGACUGUCCCUCUGGAAUCCUAAAUCUGGAGGAGUUUCAGCAGCUUUAUGUCAAGUUCUUCCCCUAUGGUGAUGCUUCCAAAUUUGCUCAACAUGCAUUUCGUACCUUUGACAAAAAUGGAGAUGGCACAAUUGACUUCAGGGAGUUCAUCUGUGCCCUGUCCAUCACCUCUCGGGGAAGCUUUGAGCAGAAACUCAACUGGGCCUUCAAUAUGUAUGAUUUGGAUGGAGAUGGCAAGAUUACACGCAUGGAGAUGCUUGAAAUUAUAGAGGCAAUUUAUAAAAUGGUCGGCACAGUGAUUAUGAUGCGAAUGAACGAAGAUGGCUUGACACCUCAGCAGCGUGUGGACAAGAUCUUCAGCAAGAUGGACAAAGACCAUAAUGAUGAGAUCUCACUGGAGGAGUUCAAAGAGGCAGCCAAAAGUGAUCCUUCUAUCGUCCUCUUACUGCAGUGUGACAUGCAGAAGUAAAGGAGAAGAAGAAAGAGGGAGUGAGAGAGGGUGGGAGGGUGUAGGUAUAGAGCAGGAGGUAUGAAGCAGCAUGUACAGACAUUUAGACAGAAGUAGAUUAGUAACAGUAGAAUUAUAACACUAUGUACAUAUAGUGGAAUGCAGAAUGUGAGAUUAAACAGGUUUGGGGACAGUUGAGAGAAUAAGUAAUGAAAAUAAGUGAUGAAAGCCUGCAUCUUUGGUCAUGCAGUGAACUGCACUGCUUGUCAGACAAUUGUACCAUGUCAUUGUGGCUUUUAGGCCCAAGUCUAAAAAUAUAAGAUAUUGAAGAACCUACAUUAUUUAACAAGGCCAUUUUAAUAUGUAGUACUCCUGAUCCUUGGAAUUUUAAUAUACACUAGAAACCAUGCGAAUUUAUUGAACAAUUCUGCAAAACUGGGGCAGCUCUAUGUUCUUAAGGUUUUUGUCUCCUUUAAAUUGUGUCUAAAUGUUGAACAGCCAACUAACUAGUUGAACAAUAUUUCCUCUUACUAGUGAACAAAAUUUCCUCUAACUAGUGAACGAAAUUUCCACUAACUAGUGAACAAAAUGUUCUUAAUCCUUCCAUAAUUAAAGGACCAUAUUCAGAGUUGAGUUAUACACAUAUACACAUAAUGAGGAUGUAAUAACAAAAUUGCUCAAAUCGGUAACCAAACCUCAACUUGCAUGCUGCUCAGACAGUUGUGUGGGAGUGUGUUUGGCAAUAACAAAAGCACGUUUCAAGUGCAAUUCUGACCUUGAACUUAAGCCAAUUUUCUCGUGCAAUGUCAGCAUGAAUAAGGAGCAGUAUUAAGUCCAGCAUCACUGGCUGACAAUUUGAUGUAGCCAAAAUAUGCCAUACUGAUAUUUCAGUAGUGGGUCUAAUUAUACUCAAAAACACUCAAAUGGCCUUCUGUUGUUUGCAUGAAGGAUAUCAGAGAGGACAGCUCCUUAAUUGGAGACAAUACUCUUAAUUGGGACUCAUGCCAAGGACUGAAUUAUAUAUCAAUAAAAUAUGCCUAAGCAUGGCAGAUAAGUGCUCAGUCAGCUUGUUCUUCAAACUAUGAGCACAUUAUGUUUGUAGGAAAGUGCAUGAAAUUAACAAAACAAUCAAACAAUUUUAUUUAAUUGAAAUUGAACUGAAAUAGCUAAUUAAAAGCAUUAACUGGUUCACCCUGCAACAGUGAAUACAGCAUUUUAGUAUUAAUCCA